CAAAACGCAGAGCCAGAGCCCCGGAGCCUCACCCUGGGCGGCCAUGUGGGCUUCGACAGCCUCCCUGACCAGCUGGUCAGCAAGUCGGUCACUCAGGGCUUCAGCUUCAAUAUCCUCUGUGUGGGGGAGACUGGCAUUGGUAAGUCCACACUGAUGAACACGCUCUUCAACACGACCUUUGAGACCGAGGAAGCCAGUCACCACGAGGAGUGUGUGCGCCUGCGGCCCCAGACCUAUGACCUCCAAGAGAGCAACGUGCAGCUCAAGCUGACCAUCGUGGACGCUGUGGGCUUCGGGGAUCAGAUCAAUAAGGAUGAGAGUUACAGGCCCAUCGUCGACUACAUCGACGCGCAGUUUGAAAGCUAUCUGCAGGAGGAGCUCAAGAUUCGCCGCUCACUCUUCGACUACCAUGACACCAGGGUCCACGUGUGCCUCUACUUCAUCACACCCACUGGGCACUCCCUCAAGUCCCUGGAUCUGGUGACCAUGAAGAAACUAGACAGCAAGGUGAACAUUAUUCCCAUCAUUGCCAAGGCUGACACCAUCUCCAAGAGUGAGCUCCACAAGUUCAAGAUCAAGAUCAUGGGCGAGCUGGUCAGCAAUGGGGUCCAGAUCUACCAGUUCCCCACUGAUGACGAGGCUGUUGCAGAGAUUAAUGCAGUCAUGAAUGCACACCUGCCCUUCGCUGUGGUGGGCAGCACCGAGGAGGUGAAGGUGGGGAACAAGCUGGUCCGAGCACGGCAGUACCCAUGGGGAGUGGUGCAGGUGGAGAAUGAGAAUCACUGCGACUUUGUGAAGCUCCGGGAGAUGCUGAUCCGAGUGAACAUGGAAGAUCUCCGCGAGCAGACACACAGUCGGCACUAUGAGCUCUACCGGCGCUGCAAGUUGGAGGAGAUGGGCUUUCAGGACAGCGACGGGGACAGCCAGCCCUUCAGCCUACAGGAGACCUACGAGGCCAAGAGGAAGGAGUUCCUGAGUGAGCUGCAGAGGAAGGAGGAAGAGAUGAGGCAGAUGUUUGUCAACAAAGUGAAGGACACAGAGCUGGAGCUGAAGGAGAAGGAACGGGAGCUCCACGAGAAGUUCGAGCACCUCAAGCGGGUCCACCAGGAGGAGAAGCGGAAGGUGGAGGAGAAGCGCCGGGAGCUGGAGGAAGAGACCAACGCCUUCAACCGCAGGAAGGCCGCGGUGGAGGCCCUGCAGUCUCAGGCCUUGCACGCCACCUUGCAGCAGCCUCUGAGGAAGGACAAGGACAAGAAGAAUUAACGCACGCACAGACUUACUUGUCAAGAGCGGACUUUAGACUUUCAUGUGUUAAGUUGCUUGAGUUACACCUUGUGACCCUUCUCCCAUAACAUGGUGUGAGGACGGACUGGGAGCCGGUGCAGACUCCAGUGUUCACAGCCUUGCUGUGUCACGCGCCCCCACCCUCGGGCUGCCCUGGGCCUGGUGGGCCACCCCUUCUCUAUGCAAACACAUCAAAGCCAUGAAUGCUGGAAUCCAAAACUGACGAGGUUUAUUUUUUUCAGAGCCAGUGGCUGGUCUUCCAUUUACAGUGUCACUAUUCCUUGAUGGAGCAGUUAUGUGCCACUCUAGCGAAGGCCCCCGCUGGCGAUGCUCGGCCUAAUUGUUCAGCGUCAAGAUGGCAACUCCUGCGGUGCCCUAGGUGUGGCCGCGUGGUCUGGUAUCCAUGCUGCAAAAUUUGCCCGAUUCCCCUUUGUUUUAAUUUUUCUAACCUAGAGCUUCAUUUCAAUAAUAACUUUUUAAAACACUUCUAAAUUUUUAUUUUGGCACGAGCAUAAAGACGAAUAAUAUCCUCUCUCCCAUUAUUUUCAUAAGUAACACAGACUCCCUGAUUUUUAAAAACUAAAAAUAUCUCCAAACCUUUCUUAUGUAUAAAGUAUCCCUAUAACAUAUAGGGAGAGGUGGGUAAUAAACAUCCUGUCAUGACAAUGUUUGCAAUUUCUUUGCGGAUGAAAGUGGAACAGGAGUAAGACCACGCCCAGUGCUUUCACUGUGAAUGUAAAUGGAACAGCAGCCCAAAGCCCAUGUCUGUGUGCCUCAGAGGUGCUACCUAUAAACAGGGACCAACUCCACGUGUGUGCGUUAAGUGUUUGACUCCAGCUAAGACCCCCAAACCAACCCUGCCAACCUGUUUGCCAAAUGCACAGAGUGCUCAGCCGGGAGGAGGUUUUUAUCUCAAGAUCCUUGUUUCCUUUUUCCUGGCUGAGUUACAGGGCAAAAGAUGAAGGUGUCUGGUGUAUGUGGACAAUUUAAGAAAAAUCUACCAGCAAAGGACAUUUUCCCCUUCAGCUGCAUUCUUUAGGAGAAAUGUUUUAAGAAACUACUAGCAGCAUUGAUUCUCCUAUGUUCCUGUUGGUUUGCAAGCCAUUGUGGGGACCGGGGUUGAAAAUGUGGCCUGAUAAAAUGGGAGACGAAAAUGAAUAGAUGAAAGGAAGGAUGUCCUCUAAUGGUGAUGAAGCGCUGUGCUGGGCACAGGCUCCCACCGUAAAGCCGUACCCUGGAGGAGCUCAGUUUAGCGCACUCCCUGGCUGGAAGCCAUCGGAAGCUGCACUGAUUGAUUUUGGAUUGGCAAUUUGUUUUUCAUGUCCUCCAUGUCCCCUGCCAUCACCUGCUUUAUUGAUUUGCAGGACCAAGUCCUGGCUUCCUCCUGCCCUCUUGAGAUGGUGGUCCUUUCAGAGAGGGGUGGCAGGGUGAGCUGCGCGUGUCCCCCGAGGCACCGCCAGAAAAAGGCAGCCUUUGCUGCAUGUGAGGGGCUCCGUUCACCAAGAACAGAGCAGGUUUUAUUGAUGCUCAAAGCGACAAUUCCCCCAGUGUUAUGCCAUGACCACGGGUGGAUCCGGAUUUUGAGGGGUAGAAACUUGAGCUAUUUGAGAAGCCUUCACGAAAAAGAACAUGAAUGCUCGAUGAGGUACGGGCCCUUGGAAGGGGCCUUGAGGAUUAAGCUUCGUUAGCUUCCCAGUCAACCCACCUCUGGUUUUGUUGUGACUGAGGACUGGUGCUUCAGUGUGGGUACCCAAGCAGGUAAAUCAGCACAUCUAAGGCAGAUGUGAACUGCGAGCGGAUUGUCUGUAGGGUAAUUAUAUGCCUGAAGUGGAUGAAGUUGGGCAGAAGCAGGACUAAGAUAGCCUCUGUCGGCUAAGGUGUUUCUGAGGAUGAAGGCUCCAUGACCCAGUGGGCUCACUGGUUAUGUAAGAAAUGAGGACUGCUGGUUCAGUGCCAAUCUGGGGUCUCAAGUGGGCAGAUUCUGCCACCCACCCACUGUACCCUGCAGGCUGCCCACAGGGCACAGUGGAAAGCCGGAACUGCCUGCAGGAGAUCUCUGAGGGGACCUGUCGUUGUGUUUUCUGGGGUGGGGUCUGAGCUGCCUCCACAGGUCCCAUCAGCUUUAAUGAAUCUCGCUGCACUUCUCUCCCCAUGCUGUUUUUGUUUGGAAUUUUGUCAUCUUUAGCUGAGACCAAAUUAAUCCUUGGUGCACAAAGUGAGCUUAAAAGUUGCUAUUUAGCAAGCUACCCCUAAGCGAACAUUUAGAAAUGUUACCCCUGGCUGCGGGGUCUGGUUUACCCCUCCUUUUCUUUCUCAAUAUCAUCUGUUGGCAUUAUUAGGGCUGGUAGUGGGAGCAUGCUGGCAUUUACUAUCAUGUCUUUCAUGAACCAAGUUGCUUUUGGGUGGAAUUGCCAUAUAAUUUAUUGUCCAAACUGAGACUUUUGAAAGUGAAAGGAGAUGCUGUUGAUUAUUCCGGCUCAACAGCAUAAGCCAGAGCUGACUCAGGCAAAGUGGGAGGUAUGGUCACCCCAGUUAUGGGUAACCAGAGCCUGGGUGGUUGAUAAUGGUGCGGACUGACUGCCUAGAUGUUUGUAUGUCUAUGUGUGGGUUCCCUGGUAAGUGGGGCUCCUGCUACUGGAUAAGAGGCCCCCGAGGGAAGUGUGGCUUGCUAGUCUGUUACAUUAACAUGCUUUUCUAAAACUGCUUCACUUGUUAAUUCAUUUACUCCUUCAUUCAUCGACUGUUUUUGUUCCUUUCCAUUCACUUUGUACUUUUUUUCCCCCCCAUUAAAUUUUGCAUUUAUUUUGA